GAGAUUAAUAUUUGAAGUGUAAAAUCAAGGGAUUGCGGGUGGAGAAGAAGCAGUUGUGGGUUGAAGGCAGGGAUCCAAUUUUGAAGUCUGCAAAAGCAAGGGUUCUCUUUCCCCCAACAAUUUCUCUCGCUUUUCUCUGAGGUAGAUUCCUUGUUUUCUAUUCUAUUCAACCGUCAUGGCUUCAAAGCGGAUUUUGAAGGAACUCAAGGAUUUGCAGAAGGAUCCACCUACUUCUUGCAGUGCAGGUCCUGUAGCAGAAGACAUGUUCCAUUGGCAAGCAACAAUUAUGGGCCCCUCUGAUAGCCCUUAUGCAGGAGGUGUAUUUUUGGUUAAUAUUCAUUUUCCUCCGGAUUAUCCGUUCAAGCCUCCUAAGGUACUAUACCGUUGUAUUAAGACCAAGGUCUACCAUCCAAACAUUAAUAGCAACGGGAGCAUUUGUCUUGAUAUCCUAAAAGAACAAUGGAGCCCUGCACUAACCAUUUCCAAGGUUCUGCUUUCUAUAUGCUCAUUGUUGACUGAUCCUAACCCCGAUGACCCUCUUGUUCCUGAGAUUGCUCACAUGUAUAAGAAUGACCGGGCCAAUUAUGAAGCUACUGCACGCAGCUGGACCCAGAAGUAUGCAAUGGGUUGAUGGUGGUUAGCAUUUGAUACCUACGGGUUUUGUACGUCAUCAGAUGUUUUACCGUUCUUCUAUCUUGUUCUCGGAACAGGGAUUAUGUUUUCGUAAAGGAAUUUGUCAUGGUGUUUAUACAUUCGGCGUCGGAGAUACGAUUACCGAGCACCUUGCGUUCCAAGUAAAACAAAACUUGUUAUGAUCGUGCUGAAUGUUCUGGCUAUUGUUAUGAAAUCAUUUUGUCCCGAUUUAAAUUUAUAAUUUCCAUGCUUACAAGAAUGGAAAAUGGACAAUCAAUGAGCAACAGGUCUUUGUAUGAAUGAAUGCUGUAGUUUUUGGUUCU